CCUACUCUCGAUGUCUGCAGGCGAUCACUGCAUACCGCAGUUCUUAGAGUCAGAACACAAUCAGCAAUAGUGUUUACCUAGAACGGGGCUCGCUAUCUGCAGCCUUUGAUGACAUGGGAGGUUCUUUCCUCUCCUGCUUAUACAAGGACCUGAAAGACUGAACGACAUCUGUGGCGCUUCUCGAAUAGACCGCUGAUCGCACCCAUGAUCUCUGGGCAUUGCUUGGUCACACCUACACCCGUACCGUCUUGCAAAGGCCUGCUGCAAGGUACCUAGACGGUUACUACAACCGGCUGAGUAUGCUUCACCAUGGCCGCAGCUGACGACUCAACACCACGGACGCUCCGAUACACGCCCAUCGCCUACGGCAGCUUCGAUCCGACCAGCGCCGCUCGCAUCGACUCCGCUACUGAAAGCCCAAUCAAGCAGCCACGACCUGGUUACAAAUACGCGAAUUCACAUCGCAUCAUACCCCCGAGCAUCAAAGGCCAUGGACGCCUGAUUGUUGCUCACCGCACGGUUCCAUACUGGGGAGGCAUACUUAUCGUACUGGGUGCUUUUGUGUGGGCAGUAUUGUGUGCAAUCUUCCUGUAUCCGCUGUUGAGCGGCCAUCCCAUUACGCGCAGACCGGACCAUGAGCAUAGGCAUGGGCGUUGGGGGAGGGAUUGAGGCAUGUCUCGGGCCGAUGCGGUCAUGGAGUUUAGGUAUCUUGGAGGUGACGGGCAGUGUCUGAGAGCGUCUUGUCAUAAACAGAAAGUGUCAAAGGCAACGCAUGUGCUUUGUUGGAUCGUAGGGACCGUAUUUAAGUAGUACAGAAUGUACAAAGGGCGCGGAGCUUGCUACUUAAAUACACC